UGCAAGUUGAGAUGGGCCAGUGGCCACACUGCUGGGGAACCCAGGAGGUACCUUCUGUAACCCAGAGCUGCUGUGAGGACCAUGGCUGCCCUCUCAGGUACCAAGCCCUGCCCGGAAGAAUAUGUGGAAGCUGCUGAACGGGAAUACAGGCGCUUUCAGGAGGGCUACCUUUGGGCCAUUCUGAUGGCAGAGUUCCUGGUGGCAGUAGGGGGCAAUGGCCUGGCCCUGUACCGCUUUAUCACCCAAGAGCAGAGGCCCUGGCAUCCAGCUGUUGUCUUCUCUGUACAGCUGGCAGUCAGCAACCUAUGCUAUGCACUCACACUACCUCCUCUAGCUGCCUACUUCUAUCCACCCAAAAAUUGGAGCUUUGGGGAGGUGGCCUGCCGCCUAGAGCGCUUUGUCUUCACCUGCAACCUGCUGGGUGGCAUCAUUUUCAUCACCUGCAUCAGCCUCAGCCGGUAUAUGGUGGUUGUGCACCCCUUUUUUACACGAAGACACCUGCGACCUAAGCAUGCCUGGGCCGUCAGUGCUGCCAGCUGGGCCAUGGCCAUCCUGCUGGCUGCCCCCAUGCUCGGCUUCUCCCAUCAGAACCAGCCCCAGCCAGGACUUGGGCCAUGCAGUAAAACCAAUCGUGAGGCCUGUGUCAAAUGCCUGGGGAUGAUGGAGGACAGUCAGCUAGAGACCUUCAGAACCUACAGCCUGGUGCUGGCAUGCCUGGGUGGCAUCCUGCCUCUGCUGCUCACACUAAUGGCCUACAGUGCCCUAGGGCUGGUGGUGAUGCGCAGCCCGAGCAUGACCACAGCCCAGAAGCUGCGUGUGGUAGUGCUGGUGACCAGUGGUGUGACUGUCUACGCCUGCUCAUAUGCGCCUUACCACAUCACACAAGUGCUCCAUGUGAAUGCCAUGUUGCGCUGGAUGGCUCACUGCCCCAGCUUCACCAGUGAGUCACAGGCUGUGGCGGCGCUAAACCCAAGGGCCUUCUUUGGCUACCAGACAACCCGCAUCCUUGUGCCCCUGGCCACAUGCAUGCACCCCCUGCUCUACAUGGCAGUGGCACCCAGCCUCAACUGCCACCCAUGCCAUGGGAAGUCUGAGGACCAGAGCCCUUGCCAAGACCUGCCUCUAGCAGACACAACCACUUCCCAAAGCCAGCAGAGCCCUUAGGCCUCCUCCUCACAGGCUGGGUUGUG